CGGCCGAAAAGGAGAGCACCAGCCGCCCGGAGUGAGUUUGUUGCCCAAAGCGAAGCGAGCUGAGCCUGCAGGUGGCGAGGCGUGCASAGGAGCGCAGAGGGCUUUGCCCCUUGUUGCGCGGAGCCCGCGAGGUUCCUACGCCCUGCGACAUGGGAYGCGCGUGGUUCCUGCUGCUGUGGGUGCUUUCCCAGCUUUCGGGAAAUUAUGAGGGCCACUCGCUGUACACUUCCAAGCUUCACUCAUUCUCAGUCCGGCAAAAGAAUUUCACCUUCCUCUGGCUCCAGACCUCGUCCUUUCCCAGCAACACCUCCACACGCGCGGAGGGCGUGGCGUGGCUGGGGGAGCUGCAGACGCACAGCUGGAGCAACGCCGCGGACACUAUUCGUUUUGUGAAGCCCUGGGCUCGCGGCACAUUCAGCAGCCAGCAGUGGGACAAAAUGCAGCACCUGUAUCUGGGCUUCCGAAGCAGUUUCACAAAAGACAUUCGGAAGUUCGCUCAAAUGCUGCGCUUCAAGUAUCCCAUGGAGCUGCAGCUGUCUGGUGGCUGUGAGGUGCACCCUGGGAACGUCUCAGAACACUUUAUCCUUGUAGCAUAUCAAGGAGAACAUAUCCUGAGUUUCCAGGGAACUGCUUGGGAGCCUGUCCCACAGGCCCCCCAGUGGGUUGAUUUGGUCAUCAAAGUGCUCAACCUUGACCAAGGGACAAGGAAAACAGUGCAGUGGCUCUUCAGUGACAUCUGUCCAGAAUAUGUCAAUGGCGUCCUAGAGACAGGGAAGUCAGAACUGGAGAAACAAGUGAAGCCCGAGGCCUGGCUGUCCAGUGGCCCCAGUCCUGGACCUGGCCAUCUGCUGCUGGUGUGCCACGUGUCUGGAUUCUACCCAAAGCCCGUGUGGGUGACGUGGAUGCGAGGGGAACAGGAGCAGCAGGGCACUCAGAGAGGUGACAUCCUGCCCAAUGGUGAUGACACGUGGUAUCUCAGAGCAACCCUGGAUGUGGCAGCUGGGGAGGCGGCUGGCCUGGCCUGCAGGGUGAAGCACAGCAGCCUAGGAGGGCAGGACCUCGUCCUCUACUGGGGUGGGAGCCACACCUCUGUGGGCUUGGUCAUCCUGGUGGUACUGGCUUGCCUGGUGCUAGUCUUUGUGCUCAUUCUAGGCUUCUAUUGGAUCAGGAGACACCGCUCCUAUGAAGACAUCUUGUGAGUCUUCUGGUCACCUGCCUGUCUGGAGCCCAAGACCUCAGGUCCCCAGAACCUGCUUAGGAAUGGAGGAUGAAUGGAGAGUUAAC